CGAACACUCCCAAGAGGUGCUUGUCACUAUGACGUCAUCCGAUGCAGGAAGUUUACUACGUGAGAAGCCGCAAGGCGGAAGUGACGUUGUAGAGUAUGGCUACUGCUGCUAAAUAAUUUUACGCUGGAGACUGCAUAUUCUGAAAUUGUUUGGUGUAAGUUAUCUAAAGAGGAAAAGAAAAGAACACCAAUUGAUGGCACACCACGAAUUAAAACGAACUUUAUUUGAUCUCAUUAAAAAACGUCAUCAGUUAAAAAAUAGAGAAAAGAAUUUGAAAAUGAGCAGCAACUUUGUGCAUGGCCAUCGAAGUGCAUGUACACAUCCUCCUCCUAAGAAAAAGUCUAAAGGUAAAGCAAAAAAGAAAUCAUUGCUUGAAUUCAUUGAAGAUCCCUUAAGAAAAGAACCACUGAUUGGUUUACAGUAUGUGGUUGAAGUUAAACUCUUGGGACAUAACAAAAGUGUCUAUAAGUGCAACUUGUGUAGUGUUAGAGGAGAUAACUCUUGCAUAAAAGAUCAUUUGGUUGGUUGGCAACACUUAAAAGCUUUUAUGAAUAAAGAUCAUUAUUAUAAGAUAGAUGAAUUAAGGCAUAUGAAGCUGUCAAAAGUGGAAUUGCAAAAGAUACUUAAAGAAUAUGCCAUGAGGAUAGAGAAAAAAGAAGGUGUGAAAUGUGUUAAAGUUGAAUAUGUCCAUGGCAAAGGAAAGAACAAUGAUAUAGAUGUUUGGAAAUCCAAAAUAUAUCAUGAUUAUAUCCCAGAUUACCAACAAAAAAAGAUUACUGAUCGAAGACAAAUAGCCUUGCAAUACUCGGAAAAUUUCAAGAUAACAUCUCGUACAGAGGCAAAUGAUGUUCUGAAUUUGACAGAGCGUUUGAAUAAAUUAUUAGAGGCCUACUUCAUGAAAUCUGGAGGUGACAAUCUCCUGCAUAUACAAAAUACAAGCAAUGUUCAUACUCGGCACAGCAAACAUACAAAAGUUAAAGAGGACAUUGCAUGCCAUUCUGCCAGAGAAAAGGAUUCAGGAAAAUCUAAAGUAAAUUCAGGUUCUGAAAGUCGGAAAAGGAAGGCAUCCUGGACAGAUGAUGAACUGCCCCACUCCUCAUCAACAUUCUUUUACUCUGAUGAUAGCACAAAUGUGUCUGGACAUGCUCAGUGCUAUUCUGCUGGAGAUUCCACUUUACAGUCGUCUUCUUUUACAGAGGUCUCUCAUAGUUCAUUCCCACUUGGUAAUUUACGUGAAAGCAAAGUGUAUGAUCAGAAUACAUACAGUCAAUCAGAGCUUCCUCAUACUGAAGCAGCUUCAGUUACACCUAGUGUGUCAGACUCAGUGAAUCUAUCACUUUCCUAUGAUCACUCAGUUCCAGCUGAUACUGACCAAACUUCUUCUACCAGCAACUUAAAUGAGCAGCCUUCUGAAACAGAUGCUACAAGCAGUACAAGUGGGAAAACUUCAAAGACACUUAGCCCUGACUUACUUAAACUCCUUAAAGGAAAGGAUUUAAGUACAGUGAUCAAAAUCCUUAAGACCUUAGCUCCAUUUUACCCUGCUCUUCAAGAAGUGAAUAUUGAAAUGUUUGCUCAGGUUCUACUUCAUGCGGGGGCAUUAGAAGAACAGCCAGUAGAUGAAAGCUGAAUACCACAACAGUUAUGCAUAAGCGCCUAGAUCCUUCUUACGAUCUCUGAAAUUAAAGCGUGUUCUUGUUCACUAGUAGUCAAGCAAAGUUGUUUGUUUUUUUCUUUUUUCAAUGUAAAUAGCCUGAUAUAUUGUUUUACCUGUAACAAAAAUAAAAGUAUGUAAACUUAUA